CUGCCGACGUCACUGCAGUCCGGUAUAAAUAGGCUGAGCAGCCACUCUGAUCAGACUCAAACGAAACCGCAUUUUCGGUUGCAAGAACUUUUCAAAGCGAGGAUUACUGGAUUGCCUUCGUUGGAUUUAAUUGCCAGCUCUGAAUCUUCAGCACAAGCACAAUGACUCUGAACAAGGGUGACAAAUUGCGGAACAUGGACAAAAGGAGAGGAAGCGUGCCGUUCCCCAUGAAUCUACCCAACCUACACAGGAGAAGCAUGCCCGUGGACGACCGGGACUUGCGCGCCACGAUGCCACAGACUGGACAGACGGACGAGCUGUCCAACCUCCUGCGCUGCACGUCCUACUCCCCGAACGAGCAGCACCGGGGCAGCUGCGCGUCGGACUCCUCCGACUCGGUCAUCUCCACCGGCAGCGAGGCAGAAUCUCAGGUGUACAAGGUGGUUCUCCUUGGGGAGCACGGUGUCGGGAAGUCCAGCUUGGCGCGCGUCUUUGGAGGAGUUGAGGAUGCUGGUCACGACUGCGAUGAAGCAGGAAACACUUAUGAUAGAUCUAUCGUGGUGGAUGAAGAAGAGGCAUCCAUUUUGUUGUACGACAUCUGGGAACAGGAUAACAGUCAAUGGCUGAAGGAACAGUGCAUGAGGAUGGGAGACGCCUACAUCAUCGUGUAUUCAGUAACAGACAAAUCAAGCUUUGAAAAGGCAUCAGAGCUUCGUAUCCAGUUGCGCCGGGCCAGACAGUCGGAGAACAUUCCCAUAAUUCUCGUGGGCAACAAGAGUGACCUGGUGCGAUCCAGAGAGGUGUCUGUAGAUGAGGGAAGUGCCUGCGCAGUGGUGUUUGACUGCAAGUUCAUAGAGACGUCUGCAUCCCUUCACCACAACGUGCAGGACCUGUUCGAAGGCAUCGUCAGACAGAUCCGCUUGAGGAAAGACAGCAAAGAGGAGAACGCACGACGCAUGGCAAACUGCAGGCGCAGGGAGAGCAUCGGCAAGAAGGCCAAACGGUUUCUGGGCCGCAUGGUCGCACGCAAGAACAAGAAGAUGGCCUUCAGGCAGAAGUCAAAGUCUUGCCAUGACCUAACGGUUCUCUGAGGAACAGAUGGGACAGAAGGACUUUUUUUUUCUUUGGCCUCUGAAGACCAGAUGCUGUGUGUGUUUUAACACUAACCCUAAAGGACUAAUAGAGCUGUACAGAAAUAUAUAUUUUUGUUUUUUUAGACACCAAACAAAAGCAAAGAGAGGAUGUGAUAAAUGAAAUGACAUUGUGCAAGUCAUAUCAUGAUAAUGGUGAUAGCCUGCAUGAAGCUUUGCAAACAUUUAUUUUAUUUUAUUGUCUGCCUUAAUCAUGUGGCCGUCAUAAUAUGAUCAGUAUGUAUGAACAAUCCACAAUGGCUUGGUAUUUCUAAUGGGUUGCAGUAAUUGCCUUGCUGUUGGAUUAUUGUUGUGCUCCUUUAUUGGACGGGAUUGAUGUAUAUACUGUAACAUGAAUGAUACUGAAUGCAACAUACAUCUCAUUAUUCUGUACAACAAGGUAAAGGAUCACAAUAACAGGUCAUCUGGAGUGAUAUUUACUUGAAAUGUGGUACGCAGGUUCGUGCCUUGCCCAGACUAGUCCGAGCUUAGAGAAAACUUCUGUUGUUCUGUGUUGUUCCAUAACAUUGAAAUAAGGUUGUGAAUGUAUGAGUAAAGCAAUAAGUUAUAUUAGUCUCGUGAACCAUGACAUUAUUUGAACAUUCUUUGUUUACGUUGAGUUCCUUUUUUCAAUAAAAUAUAAAAUCAAAUCA